AUAGAAGUGCAUUUCAUUAGCUGAAACGUGCCUAAAAGUAACCAUUUCACUAGARAUAUCGUUGCACAUUGGAGGUAUAGCAAGACCGCGAAUUAUGGCAUCGAGUCUGCAAGAUUUCCCAAGUGUCACCUACGAGAGCGAUCAAGAAAUACCGAACUGGCAACCUUGUUUGAUAAUACACACCUAUCAAAAUAAUCACCUAAGAGGGCAUUACCUAAAGAUCAAAGGCGAUCGAAUCACUGCGAAUGCAUGUCAAGGCGAUAAUAAUAUAACUCUCAGUUAUGCAACAUUCGCUGAUAAUGAAUCAAGUGACUUGAUCAUCAUAUGUGACUCUAGCAAGAAGCGUUUUUUGGCUUACAAAGAUGAUUACAACGGUCCAGCUAUUUAUAUCAAGGUAAAUCAGUAUUGAAGAUCGUGUAUCGCCGUUUGC